AUGUGUGGACAACUUAUCGAUGCUGUCAAUGCUGGACAACGUGUGUUCUUUGCCGUCGAGGCAUAUGAGUGCCUCAUCAGUGUGCCAUUCCACGCACCCAUGGCACUUCGAUUCAUCGACUACUACAACACCACGAUGCAGUUUCAUAGCACCUUGAACCACCUUAGGAGUCCCCCAGAUGGUUACCAACAGCCCGCGUUCGAUCUUCCGAAAGGUUUGGAAGAUCUCAAGCACGAUGUUCAGGCGGGUGUCUUCAACAAUCAGUACGACUUCGAGGCAGCGCUCCAGCACCUGGUGUACUCCAUGCAUGACGCACAUGUUGAUUUGCAUGCCGGCGUUCUCUCAGCUUUCUCUUUCGCGAGCCCAUUCCCGCUUGUCACGGCAUCUCUGGAUGGCAAGGAAACGCCCAAGAUUUACUUCGCAGAUGACGUUAUCAAACGCCGAGACAAUACCAACGCGACCGCGAUUUCGGCCAUCACUCACAUCAAUGGAGAACCGGUCAUACAGUACCUGACCAAUUUUGCCGCCCUGCAGGCUUUUGGAAUGGUCGAGCCUCAUGCAGACUGGAACCAACUCAUGGACAGCCCGGUUCAAGACAUCCUUGGAGGUGCUUCUAGUAUCUUUUCCGGCGCCACAACAUUCUAUCCCGGCAACUCUCUCAAUUUCACCUUUGAAGACGCCAGCAAGCCUGUCGAGAAAACCUCUUGGCUCGCGAUCUACAAAAACACAGAUUUCACCGGUCCACUGACAACAGGUGGGGACUUCUACAACUUCUUCGUUCUCGGCCUGCUGCCUUCUUCUUACAAAGACGUUCCAUUGCCUCCAUCUUUCGGAGGGACACCAAUCGAUGAUUCGCCGGAUGCAGUAAACACGACAUUGCCAACUGAUGGAACCAACACGAACAACACCCAAGUACAAACCAGUUGGGAAUUUGACAGCUACGGUGCUUUUCCAAGCAACCCGGAUAUUGCGCAACUCAAUCUAGGUUUAGACGGAGGUGUCAUCACGGGAUACUUCUACAACGACAUCUCGACUGGAGUCAUCAGCAUUCCUCAUUUCGAUCAAUACGGCUGGGACAUCGGCAACUUCAGUCAAUCGCUCGCAGACUUCAUACAUGAAGCCAAAACAAGAAAUCUCACGCACAUCAUAGUCGAUAUUCAAAAGAACUACGGGGGGUCAACUGGCAUCGCAUUGCUUCUCUUUGGAGAGCUUUUCCCCGCUAUCGACCCAGUCGUGCAAAGCCAACGCCGCAGCCAUGAGUUGGGCAACGUUCUAGGAUCAGCAACAACAAGCAUCUACCAAGAACUGGCAAACAGCACCGAGGAAUAUGAAGACAUUACUCUGGCUCUCACAGCAGAUGAAUGGGUAAUCACAACGCGGCUUAAUGCUGAGACGGGUCGCAACUUCACCUCGUGGGAGGAGUAUGAAGGUCCCCGACAGCAGCAUGGUGACGACUUUUCCCUGGUAGAGAAAUACGAUCUCAAGAAUCCAACCUUUCAAGCUGCAGCAUUUGAUGGCUGGGUUUUCAGCAGCCUUCUUGACGAAAACGAAACGGCAAGAGAAGCGAAUUGGGAUCCCGAGAACGUCGUAAUCCUGACGGACGGAACCUGCUCCUCGGCGUGCGCCAUGUUCCUGGAGCUCGCAACCACCCAAGCUGGCGCCCGUACUGUCGUCGUGGGCGGCGCCCCGAGCCCCGGCCCGAUGCAGGCAGCAAGCGGCUCUCGUGGGGUCCGCUCAUACUCCAAUAUCGACUUGGACGUGGACUUCUCUUGGGUUGGAGACCUUGACGAGACCGCCAAAGCCAGGCUACCAGCGACAAGAACUGAUACUGGCAUGUAUGUCAUCUACGCCGGGUUGAACCUUCGCGAUCAGUUACGCGCGGAUGACUUGACAAUGCCUCUCCAGUUCCGCUACAUGGCGGCGGAGUGCAGGUUGUAUUUCACUCUCGAUAAUGUUUACAAUAUGUCGGCUCUUUGGCAUGACGUCGCCCACGCCGCCUUCCAGGACUCCAGCCUUUGUGUCGAGGGCUCGACUGGCUACGCAUCACGCCGGGGAACUAAACCUUCCAACCCCCCUCCCAAAUCAUCCGCCGUCGCUGUGCCUGGGCCAAAGCCCGCCGCGACAUUCACUGUCGACUACGAUCCGCUGUCUAACGAGGGCCUUCCCGCCGGGAUGGAUCAGUUUGACCUGCACCAACGGUGGCAUGCCCCAACAAGCAAGGCAGGUCUCCUGUGGGAAAGUGCCUGA